CCAACAAACCGGAAUCGAAUCAAAACCGGGUGUGGUCAAUAUUGUGACCAGGAGGCCCCUUCCGUUGACUACGCGGCCUUUGACACUCACAGAGACGCGCAAACACCCGUUUGCUGCUCUCUGUUGUACAAAUAUCUUUGUAAAUCUAUCCAGUACCUGACCUCAUCGCCAGUCUGGCGCGCUUGUCUGAUUCUCACUGUUACUUGUUUCCAUCUAAGCACUCUUUAAUUUUCCUCCUCCCUUUUAUCGGGAUUAGUCUCACAUCCAAUGAAGAAACGCCCUGCUCCUUCUCGAGCAACCUCGUCUAACUCUGACAUCCCUGCCUCUCCCCUUUCACAAUUUAACUUUCCUCGCUCGGGCUCGCCUUCAGGAUUUGGCAAUUUUCUCUCGCGUCCCUCCAAAUGGUUCCAGCGAUCCAACUCGGGCCCCAAGACCGUGCAAGACGCGAGUGCUGUUCCAUCUGCGACGCGUCGACCAAUCAUUUCGCAGCCGACAGACGUCAGACCGCUUCUGGAGGUGCCAAAGUCAUCCUUGAGUAUAAGCCACUCGUACCAAGACCUUUCCCGAUCAAGGGUGGGUAAUCCUGGCCAACCAGCACCAACUACAUGUGGACCUGUCCCAUUUCCAGGCUCGCCUUCGAAUGGAAGCCUACUCUCAUACUCUCGUAAGAGCCGUUCGGUCGAUGACCUAAGCCAGUACGCCUCAGCACCGGAACCAAGUACGGCCGAUAAGGUUAAGGCCUACCAAAAUCAAAGCCCAGCAAGACGUUCAACUGCCGAGAGCAGGAGUACUCUACCUUUAGGCGGGAAGUACACCUUCCCGACUAUUCUGGAAACCCCGCCUGUUGAAGAACCAGAAGAGCUCACUGCAAUCACUCUGCCUCCCCUGCCCAGCAUUCGCCCUCGUGCGCAAUCUCAAGGUGCAAAAUUGAACUCCAUUCCGAAGCCAACAAACACGGCUGUUCCAUUACCCAGUACCACUGUUCAUAAAUCAGUCACGCCCGCAGCUACCAGCAACUUGGUGCCAAUCCUUUCAAACUCCAAUGGCCCCGUUCCCCUUCCCACUCCCCUUUCCAACGGCGGGACAUCAGCCUUGGCCCCUUCCACGGGCCGUCUGUCCCAGAUCAUAUAUCACUCCGGCUUCCUGGCACUCCACGCUUCUAAUCAUGCGUCUCUAGCAAAAGGCUGGGCCCCAAGAAAAGUUGUUCUCAAAGGCACUAAACUCUUCUUAUUUAAACCUCCGAAGGAUCGAGCUAGCGACAUCAAAGCACUUUUCCCUGUUGGAAUCGUUACCGAACCUCAAUUUCUAGUCAAUGGCGAUUCGAAUUCUGGAGUCUCAGGAACAGUGCUGAGCCCUCGCAAGAGGGUGUAUUGGGGCCGUGACAAGCAUCCUGACUUACACUUGUCCUCUGAUAGGAGCACCGACAGGGGCACGACAGAUGCACUAGUACAUGAGUGUGUGUUCCGAACAUCCUUUGAGAAUGCAGGCGAAGGCGGUGAGUAUGAUGCGUUUCUACGCGCGGUUAUGUUUUGCCUUCCGCAUCGUGCAUUCAUGGGCCGACCUUCGUUUGAGGCCGAGUUCCUUCGACGGAUAUCACAACUUAUUGAUGGUGCUCCCGAUGAAGGCGCUGUCGAAGCCCGUGAGCACUCGAUGAAACUUUUAGAGCUCUAUGAAUCAACGUGGGGAGGGUUUGAAGAUGACACAGGCUUCAAAACCUGGCAUGCUGAGAAUUCUUCAAUUCCUUUUAUUCCCCACGUGAAGGGGCCCGGCACGCCCUUGCAAUCGCCGGAGGAAUUUCCGUUGCCUGCCUCCCCCUCCCCUCUCCCACGUUCACCCGGCCAUCCCGGCGUUAACGAUGCAAACGCAGGUCGUGACCCUGCCCGUAUGGCUGCAAAAGCUCGUUCACAAGCCCGCUUGUGGGGUGCCCUUGAGAAGGAGGGGCUCAGCGCUGAUAUAUUUAGUCGACUCGACUAUGAGAAGGUUGCAUAUAGUCUUCGGGUGUGGGCCAAUUCGAAGAUGCAAGCAGAGCGCCCAGGCUCCUUGGGCCCAUUUUUCGAGCGGAGUGGCGAUGGCGGCUCCAGAAGAGUUGCCGAUUUGUUUUCCGGGAGUGACGCAGUUCCCCAUUGGCUAACCUAUACGGUUCUCCAUCAUCUUCUAGGUUCCAAAGCCUCGGAAGGCGAUGUUGAAGGUCAGACUCGAGCACUCACAUUCCUUUCUCGGACACACACUCGAGCGGAUUUACUUGGUCGAUGGAUCGCUGUAGGGGAAAAUGCACGAUUAUGGGGUGAUCAGUGUACAUGGACUGCAAUCAAGACGGCUGUAUGUUGUAAGGCCGUUGCGAGACUCGAAAAGGUCUGGAAGAGAGUCUCGCAUCGCGAACGCAAAUGUGUAGAGAACUGGGUGCGUGGAAGAUCAUCCACGGACGUAGAAGCCAAUAAGCUCCAGGUUCCCUGGUUUGGGGACCGCUUUGAAGCUGUCUCACAGCUGCUCAUUUCAAUAACCCCGGAUGAUAUAAAUAGAAGCUAUUUAAUACCUACUUUACUCGAAGCAGAGGAUCAGGCAAAGGCAUCGUUUUCAGCGUUUCGUGAACAAAUGGGUGCUUGCUCAAGGGCUGUAAACGAUGAUCUGGAAGGCGAAGCCGCAGCACUCGCGAGGUUUUGGGACUACCUUAGCGCGAGGCCACCCAUAAAUCCCUGGCAAAUCGAUCAAUUCCUAGAGCUUUCAUACGCAGCUGAGCCACGCCAAAAAUCUCAUUUCAAUCCUCACUUUUGGGCACCACCUUCUGCCACUUCCAUUCAUCCAGGUCUUCCUCUCCUCUUCCCUGAACCGCUUCCCUGUACCGGCUUUCUAGACAGGCCGUCUGUCUCUCGCUUGGGUAAGCAGGAGAAUUUGGAGCGAAGCCGAGCGAUGCAGCCCGAAGAACUGUUGGGUUUACUUCCCGAAGCCCACUUUAGAUCCGUGUUGGGAGUAGUGACGGACCAAACCUCAUUGGACACUUCACGACCCAAUGGAGGGACCCAUUCUUUGGCUCCUUCCAACGAGCAUGACGUCGGGAACACUUUUGUUGCAGCGUUCGGAGGGGAACUCAUUUUAAAAGUCCUGCCUUUCAUGAGUGUCCCGAACCCGCAGACUUCAGGCUCUAACACCCAAACCCAACAAUUCCUCUCUGCCACCGAUGUCACUUCUCUUAAACGGAAGCCCAGCUUGGCGCCUUCCCUUCGCGUUGCUGCAGAUUCCCCCCGAAUGAGUAGACAAUCAUCUACUAGACGGGAGCGUCGAUCGUCGUUGCCCAGCCUAUCUCGAGCGUCCAGCGUCGUCAUUCGAGAGAAGAAAGUUGAAACACCUUUGAGAGCAACUGUGAGUGCUGGGACCCUUGAUCGAUUAGUCGAUAUAUUGGUUGAAGGACUGGAGGUGUCGGUGACAUCCACGGACGAUUCCGGUCUGAGCUCAGGAAAGUUUCGACCUGUUAUCGUGGAUCGGGAAGAUUUUUCGAAGAGCUGGUGGCAUACCUUCAGGAGUUUUGUAACUCCCAUGGUAUUUUUUGAGCUCAUGCUAAAGCGGUACUCUCAUUAUCCUGGCCUGGGUGUUCAGGUGGAAUCUUCAUCGACUGUGCCACUCCACAACUUGCAGGAGGAGGUUCUUCAUGUUCUGAAAGACUGGAUGGAGAUCGGUGGUGGGUCGUCCGAUGUGCUGGACGACCCGCAGCUCUUCCGCUCAUUCAGCGAGUUUACCGUCAGGCUAACCAAAGAAUCUGAUGCGGAGGGAAACCAAGAGAACAAACUCAACGACGCGCGAAAAAUUCUAGCAUCUAUUUUUUCCGAGCAAUCUAGGCGUCCUUUACUCCUCGAAGAGUCCGCGAAGCCCUCUCAUCCUCAGUCCCAAGACGCUUUUGGUACUUUACCCCCAUCGAUUGACGAUCUCAAACCUGAGCACCUUGUUGCAAAUCUUGAUUCCAUCGCAUCUGCUGUCAUGGCUGCUGUAACCUCAGAUGACCUCCUAGUUACAUCCGACAUCUUGGAACUUCAGACGGCAGACCGCCUUGGUUGGUAUCCCCAGAAGGACCUCUCGACGGCUUCUGACGAGGUUGUGAUCAGUAACAUAUACUCACACAUGCAGCUGGUUCAGCCAUCCUCCCUCUCAGCGGACUUGUCCCCACAAGAUGUCCUGCACAAGAACCUUCCUCCAAGUAUUCGCAUGGUGUUCCGCUGUCAGGCCGUCAUUCGGAAGUGGGUUAUCGCAAAGUUAACUGAGCCUGGUAUCAGCCCACGUCUCAGGGAGGAACGAAUGCGAUCCACUCUUCGAGCCAUCGAGUAUUGUCGGCUGAGCGUUAGGAGUAUUGAAGGCAAUUUUGCAAGUCUCAAUUCAUCUGAGCAUGUUGCGCAGCAACGCAAAUUUAUUGAAACUGCACUUUGCUCCGCCAUCCUGAGUCCUGAAAGUCGCUUGUUCACCCGUGCAUGGCAAAAUGUGGCUGCAACAAGGGGUGGAAAUCUUGAUUCCUUAUCUGGUCUUCUCUCCCAGGGUUAUGUUCCCGCUCGAUCCCAUUUACGACCCCUGGCAUUGGACGGUGGGUGGAUCUUCGAGCGGCUAUUGGAGCUCGUUUCCCUGCCAGACACGAUGGCUGGCGAGCAUACCCUUAUCAAUUUUGAUAAGAGACGGUAUAUCUCCAUGCUGGCAAGUUGUGUGUCUGGAAUGAUGUCACAGAACACGUACACUGAUCGAGCGGGCAUUGACCGAAUGAAUAACAUGCUCAAGGAAUUGGCAGCUUCUGAACGAGACCAUCGGCUCGUGAAAGAGGAUGCCCAGCGAGAGUCGGUGCAACCCUCACCAUCAUACAUUGGCAGGCGCAAUGUCAGGCCAUUCCAGUCUCUCAUUGCUGCUCAGGUGGAGAAAAUACGCCGGGAUCGCCACGCAAAGGAACGCCUCAGUAAAGAGAAGCGGCAGGAACAACAACGAAGUGACCGUCUGGAGGGUGAGAUGAAUCGUGCCAUGCAGCCCAGCAAACGGCCUUCACUUAAUUUGGCUCCAAAACAUGAACGAGGGAAGCGAAGUAUGUCAGCACUCUUCCGGGUAGUAAGGCCUAUAUCCGCCGCCUUCUCCGAUCGAGCACACCUUCAUGCUGAGAUUAAACGGCGCCGCUUGUCUGAACUGGAUUUUCAACCUAUUGGCAAACCCUCCCUCGUGCUCAGUCUUGCGGAUGCUACUUCUUCCAUCUUCACCAAUGAGGAGCGUCCCUACACCCUUGAGCUAAUUACUGAGGAUGGGGGUCGAUGGCUGCUGCAAGCAAUCUCUUACAUGGAACUUGUUCGGUGGAUCGAUGUGAUCAACUCAGCUUCGAAAAAGCGGCACACAUAUAUCGGUAAUGGCAAACCUCAACUGAGCGAAAUGGUUGAUGAUAUGGCCAGGGACCUUGAACGUGUUCGCCAUGACGCAGUUUUUGGAGUAUCUCUCGAGUCGCUUACCUCCCGUGAAGUCCCCACGCAUGCAGAUCAGGAAGGCGUACCGGCUGUACUGCAAAAGCUCCUAUUUGAGGUGGAAUAUCGUGGUUUGACGGAAAUUGGGAUUUAUCGGAUAUCUGGAGGAAUGGGGGCUAUCAAUACCAUCAAGAGACUUUUCGAUGAAGGAUUUGAGCCUGAUUUACGCAACGAUGAUCGUUUUGUUGACAUUCACUGUGUUUGUGGUGCCGUGAAGCUAUUUCUACGACAGCUUCCCGAGCCACUGAUCCCGUUUUCCCUGUAUUCCGAUGCCAUUGCGUCGAGUCGCCUUAUCGACUAUAAUGAGCGAUCCCGUCAGAUCCGGGAGCUUGUGCACUCUUUGCCUCGAAUUCAUUUCCUGACACUUCGACGACUAAUUGAGCAUCUCGACAGAGUCACGGACUAUGAGGAGUCGAAUCAAAUGACUGCAGAGUCGCUUGCGAUCUGUUUCAGUCCGUCUCUACUUCAACCUCCCCCUAGUCCUGCCUCGUUUGCUAUUGGCGUCGGCAACAUGGGACCAGCCAUGGCUUUCACCAAGGGCCUCAUUUUGCAGUUCCACAGAAUCUUUGGUGAUUCUGACCCAGAUCAAGAGCCUGAACCCGAGGCAGAAAUAGGACAGGACCCGCUACCGGAUGGGACUGUUGGAGAAACUGCAGACGCUGUCGACCACACAGGCAGCCAUAACUCUACCUCAAAUGUGAGAGACACUGAGAAGUCCUCGCCGUGUUCUCAUGACAACACUACCGAUGAAGCAGACCCUCAGGCUUUCUGAGCACCGCUUAUAUCUAAAAGUUGCUAACACGGGCUUGCUGAAUGUUAUAUGCAUGCAUCUAUUAUCUAUAAUUUGUGUGUGCAUAACUAUAUGCUCCUCUUACCCUAACACGAUGGAAGCAAAUGUAGAACCGCAAUAUCGAAGACAUAAUAUAAUGCAAUGCACGUUCACCAGUGUGCAACCCCUACCCAAAGUAUAUGAAUGGGGCACACACACGCAUACGUUCAAACCAAAAAAUCCCGUGCAAGAAAUCGAAAUUACCCCGCAUCGAAUGUCCCGGAUUAGCUGCAACUUUGCCAAGAAUUUGGUUGGGAUAUAUGUAUAUGAUGAAGAUUUUUCGGUGGCUGCUAGCUCAUCGAUCUAUCAUUUAAUGUCAUGCAUAUUGGUUUCCUACCAAAUCCACGUCUGGAAAGCAUUCGAACUU